AUGAGACCGCGCAAGGAAGUCACCACCUUGCUCAAACAAAGCGGAAGCUGGUUGGUGAGGAUGACCGAUAAGGAUGGGACACUCAUGCUUGUGCUUAGCUACCACGAUCCGGUGAAAGGAAUCAGACACCUCACACUUGAAAGUGCAAACAAACGAUGGAGUCUCCAAUGCCCUCAGAAAGAACAAGAAAAAGAAAUGCAAGGACUUCGC